AUGGCCCCCUUCGGCACCAUCUACAGCUAUCCCAACAACCCACGGGUCAUGAAGAUCCAAGCCUCCGCCAACCUCAACGGUCUAGAACUCGCCAUGGCCGAUUUCGCAAUGGGCCAAACGAACCGCAGCCCGGAGUUCCUGGCGAAGUUCCCACUGGGCAAGGUACCCGCCUUCGAGACCCCCGAUGGCGUGAAGCUGGUCGAGUCGGAUGCGAUCACGCAGUACGUGGCGGAGAGUGGACCUUUGGCCGGUCAAUUGCUAGGAUCCACAACGACGAAGCGUGCGCAAAUCCGACAGUGGAUUGCGUUCGCGGACGGUGAGGUUCUGGAACCAGUGAUGAAGUUAGCUUUAUGGCGCGUCAAGCUGCACCCGUACAAUGAGGCGAUUGAGACGGCGUCGUUGGCUCGUCUGGAGAGGGCUCUGGCGUAUCUAGAGAAACAUCUGGCUGAUCGUACGUGGGUGGCGACCGACGAGCUGAGUCUCGCUGAUAUCACAUUGGCCGCGGCGCUGGUCUGGGGCGUUUCGAUGUCGAUCGAUGCGGAAAUGCGCGCCAAGUAUCCCACUGUUAUCUCCUGGUAUGAGCGAGUGAUCGAGAGUGAAGGAGUCAAGCAGGCUUUUGGCGAGAAGAAGUACAUCGAGAAGCGUGAGGCUCCUCCUUCUUAA